AUGAGUCAACGCAUAGUUGCAUUAAUUUUUUUUUGUACAGCCACUUUUGUCUUUGCUAAUAAUGUUCGAAUAACAAGGAAGUCUUCAAAUGAAAACUUUAAUUCUACAGACAUCAUGAAGCAAUGCAACGAGACAUAUCCUAUUAAAACUGAAUAUCUUCAAGAUCUCAAUGAUACCGGUUCAUUCAGCGAUGAAUCCGAAAAAGUACCAAUGUGCUAUAUCCACUGCUAUCUAAACAAAAUGGGAGUUAUCAGUCAAGAUAAUCAAGUAAAUAAAGAAAAGGCUGUCAAUAUGUAUCAAAUCGAGGACGAAGAAAUGGUUGAUGAUUGUGAUAAGGAGAUGGUGUCAGCCUCGAUAUCAGAUCCGUGUGGUAAGGCAUAUUACUUCAUCCGCUGUAUAAUGACAAGAAUGAUGAUCGACAACAAGGAUCAUGGUGAUGAGGAAGUGAAAAAAUAA